AACCGUCCAUGCACCAGCCUGCUUUGACUAAACUUGGUAUCCACUGAUAUACAUUGUAGAAACUUUGGAUUGCAUGUUGCCGAGACCUCACGCAAUGACAGUUUGUAUUGACCGUAAAGCAGAUCUGCAUUUAUUAGCUGCAAAGCACCCUUCUCAAGACCUCUCAAGGGAAUGACACGCUGGCUUAAGCACAACUCCAGGGUUUGGUCCUUUCCUUCCACCCUCCCUUAGAUAGCUCCACUCUCUGCUGAGUCGCUAAAUAAAACUUAGCUGUAGUUGAGCUGAGUGUAUGGGCAAGGAUUUUCAAARGAUUCACAGUAUACAGCAAGAAUUCUAAUUCAAAUUUCCACACGAAAGAUUCAAGCCUCAGGUUGAUUCACUAUGCUAGUGCUAUCCGUUGGGUUUUUGAUAGUCUGUUGCUCCCUUUCACAAGGGCAAACUCCACCAAACAUUAUAGAACUUGCCGAACAAAGGACUGGAAAAUUAACCCUUGAUGAUCCUAACGAUGUAAACCCCAAUAGAGGAUUAAAACUGCUUUGUAAAACUAAUGGCUCGACACCAAUGACUUUUUCAUGGACAUAUAACAACAAUCCUUUAGCCGAACAAAGGGGGAUCACUAUGACAAAGACAAAUGACAAGCCUAAUGAAGAAAUCUUAUUGGUGGAGGGCGUACUUCCAAGAGACAAUGGGAAAUAUCAAUGCUUUGCGAGGAAUGCAUACGGCAAAACAUUUUCAAGACAACUUCCUGUUAAAGUUACCUAUGCUGCUAGUUUCCGCGAAAAUGAGGAUAUUGUGAAGGACGUUGAUGUUGUUGUUGGCGAACCAUUACGACUGGUUUGUCCAGACCAGAAUGAUGCAUCAAAUGACUUUGGUGUAGUUCAUAUGUGGGCAAGAAAGAAAGGCAUCAGAUUCGAGACACUGAAAGAAAACGAUCACAGAGUCCUUUUACCUAACGGAAACUAUCUAUUUCUAUAUUUGAACCAAUCAGAUAUUAGAGAGAUUAGCACAUUUCCAGAUGGAACUGUUCAGUGCGUUCUCACUGCUGGAUCUGUGAUCUAUUAUUCACAUCAGUUUAAAUUAAAGGACACAAAAACAGAGAAAAAACGUUUUGGACCUACUUUUCAAAACCCUUCUUCUGAUCAUCCCAAGAGCCAAGAGCAGGUUAUCCAGGGCAAGAGGAAAAAGCUAAUUUGUGCAGCAGUUGGAUACCCUGCACCAAGCAUAACCUGGAAUCGCCUUAAUAACGAUAAAACGUUUGCGAAGAAAAUUGAAGAUGGAAAAGAUGGGUUUUCGCUGGGAAAAUUUGGAAGAUCACUGAUUAUUAACACUGCAUCAGCGGCGCAACAUGAAGAUGGAUAUUACCAGUGYGUGGCUUCAAAUGGUGUUGGUCCUGACGUGAWAUCUCCUCCUAUUAAGCUGCAAGUAUUUAUUCCUCCCCUAUGGACCGUUAAGCCACCCAAAAUGCUGUCAAUUCCAAUUGGCUCUGAUGGUUCCCUUAARUGUGAAGCUCUUGGAAAUCCCAAACCUUCCUACAAAUGGUAUUACAAUGGCACAGCCUUUACAUCUGAUGAUCAGCUGGGCCCCGAUAUAACGGUUGAUGGUCAAUACCUGAGAUUUCCAAAGAUGAARCAGAUAAAUCACGGUAUUUUCCAAUGCGCUGUGAAAAAUGACUAYGGAAUGUUGGUAUCGUCAACAUGGGUUAAAUUCAAAGCUACCAUACCAAAUAUCCAAGAUUUUGGACCUUUCUAUCUAUUCAAGGGCACAAAAGCCACCCUCAAGUGUGUUACAAACGCUGCUCCCCGUUCARUCCAUACCUGGUUUCAUGAUGGGAAACAGCUAGAGAUGAAAGGCCGUUAUUCAACGGAUGAAGAAGGAUCGCUAAURAUUAGUAAUGUGAUUAACACUGAUGCUGGGAAGUACAAAUGUUCAGCGGUUAAUACCAUUGGUAAAGAUGAAGCAGAGGCCGAAGCCACAGUUUAUGAAAAGACUUCCAUUGUGAAUAAGCCUCCUGCAAAUGUUUCCAUUGAAGUAGGCAAACCACUUGACUUGCAAUGUUCGGCAAGUGCCGACCAGCGCCUAAACGGUUCCCUGAAAUACAAAUGGCUGAAGGAUGAUGCUGUCUUGAGGAACGCUACGAAUCGCCUAAUAAUAAUAAAAACUGUUGUCACGGAUGGCGGCAAGUAUAAGUGUGUUGCUUACACGGACGCAAAACAGUAUUCUGAAGAUACUGCSACCACUAUUGCAGAUGUUCAAGGCGUUCCUUCUCCUCCUUAUGACCUGAAAAUCACAGACUGCAACGAUGGAACUACAAAAAUAACAUGGAAAAAAGGCGACGAUAAUGGCUCUCCUAUCACUGGUUUUAUCGUAGAACAAGAAUCAACUUACUUCCCAGAAGAGUGGAAAGUAAUCGCAAACAUAASUAAUCCAGACGCACGAGAAUACACAUUAAAGUUAGCACUAUGGGCUGACUUGACAUUUAGAAUGAGAUCCGUCAACAAGAAAGGACCAAGCAGAGUAAGCACAGCAACGUCAAAAGGACAAUGCAUCACUAAACAAGGAUUGCCAACAAUGUUUCCCCAAAAUUUGAGAGGUAUUCCAGGAAAACCAGGAGAGCUGGACAUCGCUUGGACAGCAAUGACGAAGCUCCAAGCAGGAGGUCCAGGUCUACAGUACAUCCUCUACUACAAAAAAGCUGAUGCUGAUAGAUAUGCGCAAGUAUUAAUUACCGAUCCUACAACGGAGCGUUUUACAGUACCUAAUGCUGGCAACAACAUCAAGUGGAAGUUUCAAAUUAAAGCGAGUAAUAAAAUAGGUGUAGGCCCUAUUAGUAAUAUUGAGGAAGCAGUUUCUGGCGGAAAUACAACGCCAACAUUGUCUGGCGUGAUUACAACGACAUAUCCAAAAACAUUUCCCCAAAAUUUGAGAGGUAUUCCAGGAAAAGCAGGGGAGUUGGUAAUCGCUUGGACAGCAAUGACGGAGCUCCAAGCAGGCCCAGGUCUAGAGUACGUACUCUACUACAAAAAAGCUGAUGCUGAUAAAUAUGCGCAAGAAUUCAUCAAUGAUCCUACAACGGAGCGUUUUACAGUACCUAAUGCUGGCACCUACGUCAAGUGGGAGUUUAUGAUUCUUGCAAAGAAUAGAAAAGGCGAAGGGCCUAUUAGUGGUAUCAAGAAAGCAUUCUCUGGUCAAGAUCCACCAACAGARASACCAAAGGAUGUAAAAAUCGAUAAAGUUUCUACUCGUUCUGUGGAAUUAUCUUGGAAGAGAGUAGAUCCAAAUGGGCCUGGAAACAUUGACGGUUACAAGAUCUACUACUGGGUAACAAAGGAUAAUACAAGAAGGAAAAGAAGAGCGGUUCCAUCUGAUGCCUCUAUAUUCAUUGCCAACCAAACUGUCAAUAACAGACAGACAGCAACCUUGACUGGGUUAGCUCCUGGUAGCUCUUACUCUCUGGUUUUAAAUGCAUUUAACAGUGGAGGACAGGGACCUUCGAGUAAAGUGCAUAGUUUUGACACCAAGCAAGAAGCCGAAAAUCCUUUCCAAGUGACAUGCGACAAAGAUAAAAUUGAAAUCGCUCUCAAGUUAUCCGAGUUUGGCGACGGAAACUUUAAAACUGACACUGCAACUCUUAAGGACACCAACUGCAAGGCUAAACGUCUGAACAGUACGCAUGUCUACAUGGAAACACCACUGGACGGUUGCGGGACGUACCACAACUACAGCAGUGAUGGACGUUACGUCAUCUACUAUAAUCACAUUGUACUCCAGAGGAAGUCUAAUGAAGACGGUGCAGUCAUUACCCGUGACCAUGAAGGUGUAUUCGAGUUUGAAUGUCGCUAUCAUCGCACCAGGGUCUUGUCUGUUGUUCAUUUUACUCCUUCGAGAGCUACUGUUUAUACAGCGACAGAAAAUUUUGGCAACUUCACGUUCAUGAUGAGAAUGUUCAAAACCAAAAAGUACAAAGAGGCGUACGAGGAAUACCCCGUUAAUGUCAUGGCCAGUGAAGAAGUGUUUAUCCAGACAGAAGUCAAGGCAAAAGAUGCUGAGCUGGUUCUUUUCGUAGAAAACUGCAAUGCUACACCAUCUGAAGAUCGCAAUGACAAGGAGUCUUACGACCUUAUCGAGAAAGGCUGUCCCAAAGACUCAACCCUCAAAUACAAUCACAAACUCUCGCCUGUACAAAGAUUCAAUUUCAAAGCGUUCUACUUCAACGUGGACACACAAGCCAGUGUUCACAUUCACUGUAGAGUACGGGUGUGUCGUAAGGCUGACAAGAAUUCUCGCUGUGUAAAGGGUUGUUUGAGCAGGCGCAGAAGAGCAGCGUCCAAUGCAAACGAAGAGAAUGAAAUCAGUGGGACACUUACGUUAGGACCAAUACAACGACAAACUGAGGCUCGCAAAGGGAGUUCAGCAUCAUCAGAUAGCAUCUCAAAGAUGUUUGUUGUCGAGAUUGUGGUCGGUGUACUGGGGUUCUUUGUUGUGGUUCUUUUGGUCGCUUUAAUGGUUGUACUUUUGAAAAAACGCCAACAGCAAGGAAAGGAAGUGCUUUCUUUGAUGAUAACCGACAGUGAAGAAUAGACUAUGUGAAGGCGGAGAAAUACUAGAUAGUAACAAAACACUCAACUUGUCGUGAGAGUUGUUGUUGCUGUUCAAGUUUACCUUGUUGUUUCUCAAGUUCUUUGGCAGCGCAUAGUCAAGCAAUGCAAGAAACAUCAACCAAACUCAACAACAGCAUUAUUUAGUCUAUUUAGUGCCAAGSUGAUGUGUUUUAUAUUCCUUAUUUUAGGCCUUAAAUUAUAUCAUAAUUUUUUGAUAUUUCCUUAAGUCACCUUAUUCCCUUAAGUUGCUCAAAGUUCUUGAGGACCAGCGGUGGGCUUUAUUUCUUGGUCUCAAGCCUUGUCCACUCGAUAAGCACAGCAUAGUCUAGUGUAAAAGCCAGCCAAGAUCUUCCCAUACUAAUCGCUAAUCUAAUGUUUCUUUCCGCUUUUAUUCUUAGUCUUCUUACGUCUACAUGUGAACCAUGCUGUGUCGUUUAAAUCUUUGUUUUUAUUUACGUUUUUGUAUUAAUCUUUUACGGUAAACAAUGAAAAAUGGUGGAACAAUAGCAAUAGUAAUAGCAACAACAGCAACAGCAACAGCAGCAUGCAAGACUAAACAACAACAACAGCAACAAGAGGAACAGAAACAGUAACAAUAGCAACAGCAACAGCAACAGCAACAGCAGCAUGCAAGACUAAACAACAACAACAGUGGCAAGAGGAACAGAAACAGUAACAAUAGCAACAGCAACAGCAACAGCAAUAGCAACAGCAACAGCAACAGCAACAGCAGCAUGCAAGAAUAACAACAACAACAAAAAACUGAGCACAGCAACAGUAACAUCAACAGGUCCAACAGCAACACUACCAACAACAACAACAACAACAACACUAGGCCGCAGCAAUAGCAGCAACAAUAGCAACAGCUACAGCAGCAAUAGCAAUAGAAAUAGUAAUAGCAAUGGCAAUAGUAUUGACAAGAAAACUAAUAAAUAAUAAACUAUUGUCUUUUCUUAAUUACUGUUUUUACCAUUUUAAAGAUAAAAUACUUUACUUUUUUACUUUAUUAAAAUAAAGUUAUUUUUGUUCAUCGUGUACGUAA